UCCCAUGAUUGGGAAAAAAGAAAACCAAAACACACGCAGAAAGAGAGAGAGAGAGAGGAUCUAUCCAUCCACCUUACCUUAGAGCCGGAGAGCCUUCUAUUCCGCGGUGCCCUCGGAAUAACAGUUUCAUUCUCAUUCCCAUCUCUCUCUCUCUCUGAUUGGAUCCUCCAAUCCUCUCUCUUCUUCUUCUUUCUCUCCAUUUCCAAUUUCAUGUGUUAUCUCUUCAAUUACAUUCUUAUUAUUAUUAAGUAAUAGUUUGUUUGGAAUUGAAAGAAGAAGAAGAAGAGGAAGAUGAGCGUGAUUUCACGAAACAUAUGGCCGGUUUGCGGAAGCCUCUGCUGUUUCUGCCCUGCGUUGCGAGAGCGAUCCAGACAUCCAAUUAAGCGUUACAAGAAAUUGCUCGCCGAUAUUUUCCCUCGCACACCGGAUGAAGAACCAAAUGAGCGUAUGAUCAGUAAGUUAUGCGAAUAUGCCUCCAAGAAUCCUCUCCGCGUCCCUAAGAUAACGAGCUAUCUGGAGCAAAGGUGUUACAGGGAGUUGAGAACUGAAAACUACCAAUCUGUCAAAGUUGUUAUCUGUAUUUAUAGGAAGUUGUUGAUUUCUUGUAAAGACCAAAUGCCUUUGUUUGCAAGUAGCUUGCUUAGCAUCAUACAGAUUCUUCUUGAUCAACCACGGCAGGACGAAGUGCAGAUUUUAGGUUGCCAAACUCUGUUUGACUUUGUGAACAAUCAGAGGGAUGGUACUUAUAUGUUCAAUUUAGAUGGGUUCAUUUUAAAACUUUGCAAUCUAGCUCAAGAAAUGGGAGAUGAUGCCAAAGUACAACUUUUGCGGGCUGCUGGCCUUCAAGUCCUUUCAUCCAUGGUUUGGUUCAUGGGUGAAUUCACUCAUAUCUCAGCUGAAUUCGACAAUGUUGUUUCAGUUGUUUUGGAAAACUAUGGGGAUGUCAAACAAGAUUCUCAAAAUGAGAAUGCAAUGAGGCUUUAUUCUUGGAGAGUGGUAGUGAAUGACAGAGGAGAAGUUAACGUGCCUGUGGAUAAUGCCACGAACCCUGGAUUUUGGUCACGGGUUUGCAUACAAAAUAUGGCAAAGUUAGCCAAGGAGGGAACAACAGUACGACGUGUUCUGGAAUCCUUGUUCCGCUAUUUUGAUAAUACCAAUCUCUGGUCUCCAGAACAUGGCCUUGCUCUUUCUGUUCUGCUUAACAUGCAGUCUAUAAUCGAAAAUUCUGGACAUAAUACACAUUUGUUACUAUCCAUUUUAGUCAAGCACCUUGAUCACAAGAAUGUCUUAAAGAAUCCUAAAAUGCAGCUUGACAUUGUUGGUGUUAUUACCCAUCUUGCUCAACAAACAAGGUCUCAACAAUCUGUGGCUAUAAUUGGUGCAUUGAGUGAUAUGAUGAGGCACCUGCGAAAAAGCAUACACUGCUCUCUUGAUGAUUCAAAUUUAGGGUCUGAAAUAAUACAAUGGAACCAAAAAUACCAAAUAGAAGUAGAUGAAUGCCUUGUACAAUUAACAAUUAAGAUUGCAGAUGCAGGUCCUGUUAUUGAUACCAUGGCUGUGUUGUUGGAAAACAUGUCUAAUAUUACUGUUAUGGCCAGAACCUUGAUUGCUGCAGUCUAUAGAACUGCUCAAAUAGUUGCUUCAAUACCAAAUUUGUCAUAUCAGAACAAGGCAUUCCCUGAGGCAUUAUUUCAUCAGUUACUCCUGGCAAUGGUCCAUGCAGACCAUGAAACCAGGGUGGGUGCACACCGCAUAUUUUCUGUUGUUCUUGUGCCAUCUUCAGUUUGUCCACAACCUUCCUCUUCAGGAACCCCCAUGACAAAGGCAGCUGGUAUUCAAAGAAUGCUCUCACGAAAUGUCUCUGUGUUUUCUUCUUCAUCUGCACUCUUUGAGAAAUUGGAGAGAAAGCAAAAUUCCUUGUCAGAAGAUAGUCAUACAGAUGGAAAUGUUAAUGAUAACUCCAUUUUGAACAGAUUGAAGUCAACUUAUAGUCGUACUACUAGUACAAGAAAAUCUGCUAUGAUCAGUGCUGAAUAUACGGAUAACAAGAACUCAAAGGUUCAUAAUUCUUCUAUGAUGAAUAGAUUGAAGUCUAGUUACAGCCGUGCUACUAGUGCAAAGAAGCCACAAAUACCCACAACCGUGGAAGAAAAUACUACAAAUACUUCAAAUAAACAACAGGUAUUACCCAUUAGGCUGAGUAGUCAUCAGAUUAACCUUUUGCUAUCAUCAAUCUGGGCCCAGUCUAUCUAUCCUCUAAACACAUCUGAAAAUUUUGAAGCAAUUGCUCAUACCUACAGCCUUGUCUUGCUAGUUGCUCGGAGUAAGAAUUCCUCUCACGAAGCUCUAACUCAAAGUUUUCAGUUGGCUUUUUCCUUAAGGAGCAUUUCUCUCAAUGAAAAUGUAAAACUGCAACCAUCACGCCGCAGAUCUCUCUUUACACUGGCAACAUCCAUGAUUAUCUUCGCAUCCAAGGCCUACAACAUCCUCUCUCUAAUUUCUAUUGCUAAAACGACAUUGACAGAUAGAACAGUUGAUCCAUUCCUGCAACUGGUUAAUGAUAGCAAGUUACAAGCGGUUAUUGAUACAGAUAGGCAGCCAAGUAAAGUUUAUGGAUCAAAAGAGGAUGAUGAAGAUGCUUUAAAGGCACUUUCAGCAAUAAGGUUAACUGAGAACCAGUCUAAAGAAUCAUUUGCUACCAUGAUAGUGCAGAGUCUGGGAAAAUCAUCUAAUGAAUCAUCCAUCUUAAGGGAACAGCUUCUGAAUGAUUUUUCACCUGAUGAUGCCUGUCCUUUGGGAGCCCAGUUAUCUGCUGAGACAACAGGAAAUAUGUACCAGUCUGGACUAAAAGAAGAUAAACUUCCUGAUAUGGUUGAUAUCUCAUUAUUUACUAUUGACGAUGACAUUCCACCUUGUGGUUUGGAGAGCCAAGCUAAUUCUGAUCCACAGCAACAGCCUUCACAAAAUCUAAGCCUGCUGAGUGUUGAUGACAUUUUGGGUUCAGUUUCGGAGACAACACAUCAAGUAGGACGGAUUUCUAUUUCAACACCGUUUGACAUGCCUUACAAGGAAAUGGCUCUCCAUUGUGAGGCCCUCCUCAUGGGAAAGCAGCAGAAGAUGUCCACUUUCAUGGGUACCCAUCCAAUGCAGGGAUAUUUUUCAUUUAGGAUUCCUGCUCCUGAAUACAACCAGCAAAAGGACGAGUCCUCAAAUUCCAGUGUUCAACAGACUUUACCUUCGAGUGGAAAUCCGUUUUUGGAUUCAAACUUCGACUCGAAUUCAUACCACACAUUACCUGACACUUCUCCAAGGCUUUGUGCAACAGCAUACCAGCAUCAGGCUGCCUUCUUUCAACUGCCAGCAUCACGCCCGUAUGAUAAUUUCUUGAAAGCAGCCGGAUGUUGAUUCAUGGUAGAAAAGAUGGUGAUUCUCAUAGUUGAGUUUCUUGAUAAAACUCUCCUUACAUUAGUUGAUAUAGAAGAUGCUCGGAAAAGUUGCACUAGCUGCUUUCUUGACCAUGAUUUCACAACAAUAUUUAUGGUUGGAUCAGUGUGUUUUUUAGGGGCAACAAUUAUCGAUCAGCCUUGUUCACUGAAUUAUAUUUCUUCAUUGAUUUGCUUCCAGCAAGGAGGCGUAUCUUUUAUUGGCGUCCUUGCAAAAUUUUAGAGCUGUUUUUAUGUGCAUAGGUCAUGCAAAGGUGUACGUCACAUUUUUUCAUUUUUCUUUUUUUCUUUCCUUCCUUCACCUUUUUUAAUUUCCGAUUCCAUUAUUGGGGUGUGAGAAUUUUGUAAAGACAAUUCUUUUAGGCGGGAGAUUCCAAUCUGCAAAUCGAUCAAAUCAAACCACAGGGAAGGAUUGCUAUGAACUUGAACUUGAUCAUUUCAUGAAUCAGAAUUAGUUUUGCUCCUGAAAGGAAGUGUUGACAGGAUGUCAUGGUUUAGUGUUAGAGCAUGCAGAACUAGCAUACACAAACGGGAUGGUACAAUUCAUUAAAAUAUUGAAAUUCAGCACUAGGGAUCCAUGUUGUUGGGAACUUGAAUCAUAGUGAGUCAUACAUACUACUCAUGUAAAAGAAAGGCAAAGCAUUUUCUUCUGUUUAUAGCUAUCUUUAAAAA